AUGAAUACAAGGUCCUUCAACAUCAUCUUUAUCGUGCUACAUGCUUUAAUCGUUGGUGUUUUGGUUGUGGCAUACACUACCCAGACUAUCGUGCAAGAUGGACAGGCAUCAGAUGACCCAGCAAAGGAUGUUGGAUGUGUUGUACUAGGUGCCACAAUUGCAUUGUUGGCUUACAUGACAAAAUUCGUCUAUUACUUGUUGAUCUUGCCGCAGGCACAUCAUCGGUUGAUAUUAUUCCAAAUUGGUCAUUCAUCGUACGAGUCGUUUUACCAGCCUAUGCUCGAGGAAGUCAUAAAGUUUGCCGCUAUUAUGUGGUUCCAACAUGCCAAAUGUGACGGUACCUUGAACCUAUUUGAAUUAUCUUUGAUAUGGUGCGGGUUCACCAUUCCUUCAUUGACAAUCUACUUCUACAAUCCCCAGAGAUACUCUCAGAAAUAUGAGAGAUUCUUGAUGUACCACCAGUCCUGGCUUAUUCAGAUGAGAGGCGGAAUCUCAAGCACUGCUGAAGAGAACUAUCGCCUCAGCAAAGUAUGGAGCAAUUUAGUAUCUGAAAACAUCGACCUGGAGAUCCAUGACAAAGAGCGUCGUCGUUCAACAAUUUCAUCCGACAGGUCACAUACGAGUAGUCACCGACUAAAAACGAAAAUCAGCUCGAAAAUCAGCUCGAAAAUGCUUCCAAGCGAAUUCAAUUUGGGACAAGAUGCAACCCAGACAGUCCCUAUAAUAGCCUCAUCGCCGAACAUAGAUAUUUCUCCCCCUAUUAAGGAAGAGUAUGCCACAACCGACGAGUCGUAUUCCAAGGCCAUACAAAAAUUGUAUUCGGUUUCUCCGAAAGGUACCUAUCAUUUGAUCAGGGCUGUUGCAAUUGCCACGUUUGAUGAGGAUGACGAGGAAGAAGGACAACUUGAAAGGGAAGAUGCUACAAUAUGUACAGAAAGGAUGAACGGCAAAGCAACCUCUCGGGUGCUUCUCCCAGACGUGGAGGAAGUAUUUGAAAAUAUUGAUGAUUCAUUUGACGAAAGACAAAGUUUGAGUGAUGACAAUCAUCCGAUGUAUGAUGAAGUUGCAUCACAUCCGAGCCCUCGGAAUCUAUUCUCCCAAGAUAUCGAACUGUACAAUACAAACGGCGAAGCUUCUGCUUUUGAGACGUCAGAAACAACACCUGAAGUGAAUUCAGAUCGAAGCAUACGACUGUUCAACAUGCGAGUUCUUGCAUUUAUUAACUGGUGGUCGUGGCUAUGUCCACCGUUAUUACCAAUAUGUGAACCGUCGCAGUAUAGGGAUUCAGCCUCAUUAUACAUUGCACCUUCAGCCUCGAAUCCCCAGUUUGCCAACGAAAGAUUCCCACUACUCAAACUGAAGCUCUCAAACUAUAACUUGCAUGACAGAAAAUACGGAGACAAAUACGAUCGAGAUAUAACCAAUGACAAGUCUACAGCAAGGGUGUAUAGCUUCCAAGUUUUCUUGUCAUACUAUUUCGAUAUAUCCUUGAGUCCUGUUGUGCAUCCAUUUGCCCUUGAUAGAUGGUUUAUGAAGUAUGGUCAAUUACUCACUGAUACUAUCUUUGCGUGGAUUUUUUUAGACGAGCUAAAUAUAGUGGUAUGGCAGCUUUUUGUAUUCCAAGCAAUUAGACUUUGCUUGAGUGAUUUUCUGAUUGGAAAAUCGGUUAUCUGCUUUACGCCUGUCAUUGCCAUAAAGCUACUCAAAUUGAAUUAUUUACGAAGUUAUGAAAAGACAUAUGAUUUCAGGAUGAUUAUCACGCUUGAAUCCGUUGCACAAACACUUCUAAUUUUGUGCUUUACUUUUAUUAAUAAAUAA